UCCUGGCCAGGCACGGCGCUCCCGGGCUGCGGGUGUGGGGCUGCUUCCCAGUGAGGCCAGAGCCCCACAAGGGCUGCUGGGGGCACUGCCCGGGCCCUGCUGCCCCUGCAGAGAGCUCAGGAGAGGAGCAGGGUGCCAGCAGUGCCUUUGCUCUGGCUAUGGCCCUUCCAGAGGGGCAGCAGUGGGAAUCUAAAGCUCCAAGGGAAUCAGGAAAAGCCACUGCAUGAAAGCUGAGGGUUUCUGUAAGGGUCCAGUUCCAUCUUUCCUUGGCUACAGCCCUGAGGACUUUUCCAGCUGACUUCACUACUGCAUUCUCAGACUGAGCAUGGGGAAUCUUUGUGCUUGGUUUCCUCAUUCCAGCUGCCUUUGACAGGGUUUGUUUCUGUCCUCAGCUGAUUUUGGCCUCUGCGCUCAGCUCAGCCCUGAGCGGGACCGGCGCAGCUCCAUGGUGGGCACUGCUCACUGGAUGGCCCCAGAAGUUGUGACCAGAUCUCCUUAUGGCCCCAAGGUGGACAUCUGGGCCUUUGGCAUUGUGACCAUCGAGAUGGUGGAAGGAGAACCUCCUUACUUCAGGGAAACGGGGGCCAUGGCUCGCGCUCUGAUCCGGCAGAACGGGACCCCGCAGCUGCAGGAGCCCCGGCGCCUGUCGGCUCUGCUGCGGGACUUCCUCGAGUGCAGCCUGGAGCCGGACGAGGAGCGGCGCUGGGCUGCCCAGGAGCUGCUGCAGGUGAAUGCCAAGGGCUGCAGGGCAAGCAGCAGCGCCAGGGAGGGGUUUUCUUGUGGGGCCCCCUCCGACAGUCUCCAGCCUCGCUGCUUUCCACACGCAGAGCGAGCAGAAUCCUCGCCUGCUUUGGCUUGGCAGGCUCCUUUCGAGGCCAGCUGGGCCUGGUGCCCCACAGCCAGCAGGGACAUCUUCAACAGGUCAGGGGGCUCCGAGCCCUGCCUGACCUGAGCUUGGAGGUUUCCAGGGAGGAGGCACCUCCCACAUCUCUGGGCACCUUCUGUCAGUGUUUCCCCACUCUCCUGGGUAAAAAAUUCUCCCUUAGAUCUAAUCUGAGCCUGCUUCCCUCUCUUGAGUUUCAAACCAUUUCCCUUUGUCCUGUUGCAACAGGGCCUGUGAGGA